AUGGAAAGGGAAGACUCUGACAAUGAGAGGGUUGAUGAUGAGGAAUCGACUGAUGAAGAAUGUGUUGAUGUGUACCCAUCAGAAUGGUCGAAUGAGGAUUUUUCUGGUCUCCAAAUUAGAGAAGGGCAUCAUGUGCCUUGGGAGUACAAGGAGAAUGAGGUCAUACAAGGGGCAAGGUAUCGGGACAAGGAGGAUUUGACAGAGGCAGUUAAGCAGUGGACAAUAUUAUUACGGAGAGAGUUCUGGGUGGUGAAGUCAAGCAAGUCAGUGUAUGAAGUGAAGUGUGGACAGUCAGAUAAUGUUUGUGUUGAGAAGUAUCACAGGAACAUGACAUCUGCAUUCAUUGCCACUGAGAUGUACGGUGCUGUUGUGAACAACCUAGGGUAUGAACCAAAGUCAAUUAUUCGACACAUUGAAGAGAAGUACAACUACACAAUCUCAUAUGCGAAGGCUUGGAGGGCAAAGCAGAAGAUUGUUGAGCGUUGGUUUGGUAUGUUCGAAGCUUCAUAUGAUAAUCUUUCAAAGCUGCUAGCUGUCAUUUUACAGAUAAAUUCGGGAGGCUUCUAUGAUAUCAAAUCCUUCCCUUCGACUCAAAAUCCGCUUCAGGCUGUGCUUCAACGUGUGUUCUUUUCACUGAGUGCAUGUAUGUUUGCAUUCGUUCAUUGUCGGCCCAUACUUUGCAUCGAUGGUACAUUUCUGACUGGGAAGUACAAAGGUCAAAUCUUGACAGCAAUCGGUGUGGAUGGUAACAAUCAGGUGGUACAAGUGGCAUUUGCAUUUGUUGAGAGUGAGAACACUGAUAGUUGGUACUGGUUUCUGAAGCGCGUGAAAGAUGCGGUUGUUCGGAUGCGGCCUGGUGUUUGUCUUAUUCAUGAUCGGCAUGUGGGUCUCCUUCGUGCUAUUGAGUUGUUGAGAGAUGGAAGCUUGGAGGAGGGUUUGGCACCACAAUGGCCAGAUGUGGAAAACCCUAGCAAGGUUAGGAACAAGGCAGGGCGUCGGAAAACAAGACGAAUUCGCAAUGAUAUGGAUGAGUCCGAGCUUGGGAGAAGGAAGAAGCGUUGUAGCAGGUGUGACGGUGAAGGCCAUACAUACAAGAAUUGCCCUGGUGAAUCGACGAGUACGGUUGGCACCAACACGGAAGGCCCUUGGCAACAAGCUAGAGCUGAUGGUAGCCGCCCUGUUGGUGAAGGUAUGGACGUCGACACACCGGAGUUGCUCGAUCCGAUUCUCGAUUAG